CACAUCAGCUGAUCCACACCAGUGUGAAACCAUUCAGCUGUGAUCAGUGUGGACAGUCUUUUGCUCACAUCAGUAGCUUAAAAGAGUAAACAUUUGGGUAGGGCUUGAGGGUCGACACUCCAUACCAGUUGGUGGCGGUAACGCACCAUUUUAUUGUUUGCAAACCGCCAAUAAAACUGAAGAAGAAGAAGAAGCAGGGCAGCAGACGAAGAGGGAGGAGGAGUGUGCGUACUGUGCUCUUUGCUGUGUCUUUCCGCCGUUUUAAAAAUGGGCACUUUUUGAAGAACCCGCAUCAAAGUAUUGUGGAGAAGCGUCGUGUUAAAUCUAAUUGAUGAACGGCUUUUUGUGAGUUCUGACGAGGACAGCUGAAUGAUGUUGUUGGUGAGCUUGGAUUAAAUCAUCUCUAAACAAAGAACUUGUCCUCGUGGUGACUGACUUGGGGAGUGGAGGUCAGUGAGCCCAUUGUCUCUGCUGGUCCGACUCCAACUACAAAGCCGGCCCGCUCGCCCCCUCCUGAGUCUGAGAGGAGAUCCAGAGAGAAAGAAGUGAAAGCAGGCCAAAACCUGAGCACAUGGAUGACAUCAACCAAAAACAUCCAGCACCAGCAAGUAAAGAUGAGCCAGCGGCGAUCCCUGUGGAAAAGACUUUUCCUGCUAUGAAGCAGCCCAGAAGACGCAAGCGCGCCAACAGGGAGGAGAGAAGCUUGAGCUGUGAUCAGUGUGGAAAGACCUUUACUCAGAGAUGCAACUUAAAAUCACAUCAGCUCGUCCACACGAAAUUUAAAGCUUUCAACUGUGAUCUGUGUGGGAUGUCUUUUACUCACAGUAACAACUUAAAAAGACAUCAGCUGAUCCACACCGAUGUGAAACCAUUCAGCUGUGAUCAGUGUGGAAAGUCUUUUAUUCAGAAAUAUCAUUUAAAGAUACAUAAGCUGAUCCACAGCAGUGUGAAACCAUUCAGCUGUGGUGAGUGCGGAAAGUCUUUUAUUCAGAGUAACCGCUUAAAAGCACAUCAGCUCGUCCACAGUGAAGUUAAACCAUUCAGCUGUGAUCAGUGUGGAAACACCUUUACUCAGAGAUGCAGCUUAAAAGUACAUCAGCGCCUCCACACUGCAUUUAAAGCUUUAUGCUGUGAUCAGUGUGGGAAGUCUUUUACUCACAAAGGUCACUUAAAGAGACAUUAUAAGAUCCAUGUUGGAGGUAAAUCAUUUGUCUGUGAUCAGUGUGGAAAGUCUUUUCAUUAUAGAGAUCACUUAGAGAGACAUCAGGGCGUCCACAGUGAAGUUAAACCUUUCACCUGUGAUCAGUGUGGAAAGGCUUUUACUGAGAUUGGUAGAUUAAAAACACAUCAGCUCAUCCACAGUGGAGAGAAACCAUUCAGUUGUGAUCUGUGUGGAAAGUCUUUUACUCAGAUGGGCAAUUUAAAAGUACAUCAGCUUAUCCACAGUGGAGAUAAACCUCUCAGCUGUGAUCAGUGUGGAAAGGCUUUUGCUUACGUUGGUAACUUAAAAAGACAUCAGCUCAUCCACAGUGGAGAUAAACCUUUCAACUGUGAGCAGUGUGAACAGUCUUUUACUCACAUUGCUGCCUUGAAAUCACAUCAGCUCACCCACUCUGGUACUAAACAAUUUGUAUGUGGUGACUGUGGAAAGGCUUUUACUCACAUGAAUGGCUUAAAAUCACAUCAGCUCAUCCACUCUGGUGCUAAACAAUUUGUAUGUGGUCAGUGUGGAAAGGCUUUUACUUACAUGACUGGCUUAAAAUCACAUCAGCUCAUCCACAGUGGAGAUAAACCUUUCAGCUGUGAGCAGUGUGGAGAGUCUUUUACACACAUUGCUGCCUUGAAAUCACAUCAGCUCACCCACUCUGGUACUAAACAAUUUGUAUGUGGUGACUGUGGAAAGGCUUUUACUCACAUGACUGGCUUAAAAUCACAUCAGCUCAUCCACUCUGGUGCUAAACAAUUUGUAUGUGGUCAGUGUGGAAAGGCUUUUACUUACAUGACUGGCUUAAAAUCACAUCAGCUCACCCACUCUGGAGUUAAAUCAUUUGUAUGUGGUCAGUGUGGAAAGUCUUUCAUCCAUAAAACAAAUCUAUUGAGGCAUCAGAAAACCCACAAAGUGUCCUCCUCUGACAAGGUGAUAGUUUAUUAAAUUUUAAUGAAAUGUGCAGAUUGUUUUGGUGAAGUUUAAUAAACUCCUUGCUAUCUAAAAUAUA